AUACACAAUGGUCAAGCGCAAGGAACUCAAAGACAAUGAUGUCGAGAUGUCGGGGACGGAUCCCCGCGUCGACGGCGACGACUCCGACGAGGUACAUCCAUACAAACCAAUACCCCCUCCAACGGGCAUAUACACACCCAGCCAAGCAAAAGCAACAACUCGAUAUAAAUAUUGACAAAAGUACUAAAAUCAGGACAUGGACAUGGUCAACGUCGACUUCGAAUGGUUCGACCCUCAACCAGCCGUCGAUUUCCACGGUCUGAAGAACCUCCUCCGUCAGCUCUUCGACACCGACGCCCAGAUCUUCGACAUGUCCGCUUUGGCCGAUUUGAUCCUCUCGCAACCUCUGCUCGGUUCGACUGUUAAAGUGGAUGGGAAUGAGUCGGAUCCGUAUGCGUUCUUGACGGUGUUGAAUCUUCAGGAACAUAAGGAUAAACCCGUCAUCAAAGACCUCACAGCCUACCUCCAGCGCAAAGCCAACGCCACACCGACACUUGCGCCCCUGGCCCAACUCCUCUCCCAAAUGCCCAUCCCGCCCAUUGGCCUGAUCCUGACGGAACGUCUCAUCAACAUGCCUGCGGAGGUCGUACCGCCCAUGUACACGAUGUUGCAGGAGGAGAUCGAUUGGGCGAUCAAGGAUAAAGAGCCGUACAGCUUCACGCAUUACUUGGUUGUGUCGAAGACGUAUGAGGAGGUGGAGUCGAAGCUAGAUGCGGAGGAGUCGCGGCCGCAGAAGAAGAAGAAGAAGGCUGCGGGUGGUGAGAAGGCCGAGCGGUUUUUCUUCCAUCCUGAGGAUGAGGUUCUGGAAAGACACGCUGUGUGUGUUGGGCCUGUGGAGUAUACGCAUAAGGCUGAGGAGGGGUUGUCGGAUUCGAAGCGCGCGUUCCAGGAUCUGGGUAUCGUGACGAAGGGGAGCCUCAUUCUGUUGGAGGCGAGUAAGUUGGAUGGGGCGGUUAAGGAUAUGGCGGAGUAUUUUAAGCCAUAGAUAUAAUUUGCUUGUGAUUACGAUGAUUAUAUGUUAUAGACACC